AUGCGGAGGACUACCCGCCAGACAACUGCGGCCACUCACUCCGGCUCUAGCCAGGUGUCGGGACCCUCCACCGGCCAGGACGACACCACGGUGACAGGAAGGACGUCCACAAGUUCUACCAGCCCGUCCACCCGUGCCGAUGUCCCUAUCGACUCCCCGUCUAGGCUGCCAGUUCCUGUACGGACGACCGCCGCGUCCCCGACGGUCAGAGCUGCAGCCCGUAAGCAGCCAACUCUAUCCAACGGCGUACUAUGUUUCUACUACCCGGCGCCUGGGACGCUGAAAUGCCCGUUCAACGACUGCUCCGCUGAGUUUCGUGCUGAAGUCUGGACAGCUGCGAAGCAAUCGGUCGCUCGCCAUGUUCGCAGCCUCCACACACUAGACCCAGAGGCCAUCCACGUUGACUGCACCGGAUGCGGCGUGAGGCUGGGCCUGAGACCUGGCUCCCACAAAUGCACAGUCCAGAUUGCCGAUGAUGUGGCGAGAGCAGGAAGAUUUGCCUGCACAAUCAACGGCUGCGAGAAAUCAUAUCCCUCGAAGCAGGGCCUGGCCAACCACACGGCCAACCACCGGCGUCAAGAUGCUAUCGCUGCAGCAUCGGUCCCGAUGCCUCGCCCCGCUACUAGGCAGAACCGGCGCGCGAACCCCGAGCCUGCACGUCAUCGAGGCGGAGAUGCGUGCAUCCCGGUAGCGCAGGCACCGGCCGUUCCAAACCCCGCGGCAUCGCCGAGGACCGGGGUGCCGUCCAACCGUAUUCUGACAACAGACGAUGCAAUGUCACCAUCCGCUAACCCUAUCGCAGGUGGGUCAUCAGCCGCAAGCAACCCGUCAACUGCUGCCAUAUGCACUCCACCAUCGACGCGCAGGACCAUCCUGACCCCUAGACGGUCACCACGCCCCCGGCUACGCCCCGCCACGACCACCUCCUCACACCCAAUAGAGGUCGCCGGCAGCCCAGAAUUAGAACUGAAUGUGAGCCCGAGGAGAACAGCUGCGCCCUCACACUCUUCAUCUCCGUCAUCCACCGACACCAGUCCUAUCCAUGACUCCGAACCUGAUAUGGAGGACGAGGACGCCGUUAACGCGAGCCCCAUGAGGGGUGACGACGACCUGCCCACUCAUGGUGAAGCACUAAUUCUAUCACCUGACGAUACCACACCGAUACACGCAUUCCUCCCUCAACUCCGUGCCCUCGCCAGAGCCCCAACCACGGGGGCAACUUGGGACGAGUUUUGCGAGGUCAUGGAGGGGGUGACCGCCUUGGCUGCCGCUACAGCCAAACUUCCAGUCAGGACAGAGGGUAGUACCAACAAGAGAGCGGCUGUAGACCCUGCCGACGCCCAGGGCAUCCAGACACUCUACCGCAGAAACCGGCGCAGCGCAAUACGAGCGAUCCUCUCUGGCGCGAACGCCCCGUGUGGUGCAGGGAUCCGAGAUGCCACAGACCACUUUACCGGAGUCUGGUCCCCCUCCACCUGUGACGCCACGAUCUUCCCCCGUACGGAUGGACGCACUCCUGUCCCAACUGGGCCCUUCUCCGCGUGCGUUGUUGCAAAACGACUGAAAAAGUUUGAAAACACGGCCCCUGGUGACGACGGCUUCACGUAUCAUCAUUGGAGACGCCUCGAUCCGUCAUGCAGUUUACUAACUGAAGUCAUCAACACCUGUUUAAAACACCGCCGUGUCCCCCCGGCGUGGAAAAAGGCGGUGACGGUUUUAAUUUACAAAAAAGGCGACCAGAGCGACCUGAACAACUGGAGGCCAAUAUCCCUGUGCCGGACCAUUUACAAGCUCUAUGCUGGAUGCAUCGCCGGUCGACUUACUGAUUGGAUU